UUUUGUUUAUGUCAUGUUCUUUCUUGUUUUGAUUUAUUAUGUUUUAUGUCAUGUUCUUUUUAUUACUUUAUUUCAUGUUUUUUUUGUUUCAUGUUUUUUUUUUUCAUUUCAUGUUCUUUUCUUGGUUGUAUUUAUUUUUCAUUUUGUCCUCAACAUUUUUUUUGUUUUUAUUUUUAUUUUCAAAUUAAUUGUGUGCUUUUUUUUAUUCGUUUUUUUCAUUUAAUGUUCUUUUUAUUUCAUGUCAUGUUCACUUUUGGUUUUAUUUAUUUUUCAUUUUAUGUUCUUUUUAAAAGUGUAAUUAUUAUUUUAAUUAAUUGCAUGGGCGUUUUUGUAAAUUUUUUAAAUUUCAUGUUCUUUUUGGUUGUUAUUAUUUUUUUGUUUUUCAUUUGAUGUCCUUUAUUAUUUUCAUGUUUCUUUGCUAUUUAUUAUUGCUCAUUUAUUUUUCAUAAAAUUUUUUCAUUCUAUAUUUUCAUUUUUAUGUUCUAUUUAAUUUUAUUAAUUUUUCUUCAAGAAAAUUAAUUUCAUGUUUUGUUAUUAUUUUUUAAAACCAUGUUUCUUGUUUUUAUUAUUAUUUCUUUAUUUUGGCAUGUCAUGUUGGUUUUUUGGGGGGUUUUUUUAGUUGAGUUUUCAUUUUUUCUUCAUUCUUUUUUGUCAUUUUGUGUUCUAUUGAUUUUUUUUUAUCCGUUUCAUCUUCUCAUCCCGUCAUCGUAACCGGGCCGACAUUAUGACAUUAUCAACGAUUAAACCUACAUUUUGUUCCAUUUAUGGUGAUUAGAUUAGAGCAUGCCUUUUCAUUUGCUAAAAAGGCUCAUUUCAACCAUGAAUUGUUUUAAUGGUUCGUAAGGCAAAAAGAAUGAAUGUCCUGUGAGAAUAAGUUGAUGAGCUCGUCGGUGCUCAGACGUCAUGGAAACUAAAGGUGAGACUGAUUUUCGCUUGUUUUCUUGCUAUCUUGAAGUGAGAAACGCUCGUAUUAUUUUUCUUACUUAUGAACAAUUUAAUUGUUUUAUUGUUCUCCGCCUCAGGUCACAUGACCACAAAGCUCCAACCUCUUGUCUCCGACUGCCUCCUAAAAUAAUCCUUUCAUGUCGGAUGCUCGUGUCCUUUCUUCCAGAAAGGUCCACCCCCCACCCAUGACCCAGUCACCCCUCACACUGACCCCGGGUCAGAGGAUGCAAGUAUUUCAGGCGUGAGUGCCAUCAAGGCCAUAAAGAGGGAAGUUUGGGAUGCACGGACAAAUCUGUCCAAGGUGGUCCAAGUACAUAUAUACCCCCCCCUCAGACCCCUCCCAGCAGAGACUUCACUGUGUGGAUGCUGUCCUUCACGCUUGGCCGCUUCUCAUUGUCACUUUUGAGACAGCAAACUAGUUGGGAGCACAGCGCCUCGGCUGGUUGAAGCAAGUAUUGCAGUGUAUGAAUUGGCGACGGUGCCAAUGCUAAUCAAUGUGAUUGAUUGUUGACAGAGCCUAAGAAGACGUCAGCAUGUCUGAGGGAAAGAAAAUGACAUCGAGCCGCAGGCAUCACCUGAAGAGUUUGAUGCUGCAGAUCGCUGCUAGCUGGCUGGAGCAGGAAGCUGCCGAGAUUGCCGCCACCAAGGAGGCUCACAUGGCGGAGAAUUGCCCCGCCCCCGACCUGGGCGGCGACCAGGCUUCCCUGAUGGACGUUUGCAAGAAGCUGCAGCAGGUCAUCGACAAGAUCGACGAGGAGCGGUACGACACCGAGGCCAAGGUGGUCAAGGCGGACAAGGAGAUUGAGGAGCUGAAGCUGAAGGUGGUGGAGCUGGCGGGCGUCAAGAAGCCCGCCCUGAAGAAGGUGCGCAUGUCGGCCGACGCCAUGCUGCAGGCGCUACUGGGCGGCAAGCACAAGGUCAACAUGGACCUCAGGGCCAACCUCAAGCAGGUCAAGAAGGAGGUCAAAGAGGAGGCUACAGAGGCGGUGGGCGACUGGCGUAAGAACGUGGAGGACAAAGCUGACAGAAAGAAGAUGUUUGAGGCUUCCUAAAGACUGACUGGCUUUUGUAUUCUUUGGACUUGAUGAUGAUUUUGCGUUUGAAAGGUCACAUGGUUCAUUGAAGGACCUGUCAUUCAUUUCAGUCUAAUGCAAUGCACACAAUAAACCGGCAGGUGUCAGCAGAGAGCGUCCCGCCCCUGCUUUCACUCUGUCCUCAGUCACCUCCGGUAAUCUGAUUACUGCCUCCUCCUCUUCAGCCGGUGAGUAACUGAUUUUUCUUGUCGUUGCUUUCACUUUCAUGAUGUGAACAUGACACGUACGCGGAAAGAGUGAGGGAGGAGAGCGUCAUUUGCACGUCGGGCCGCUAGUUGGAGAUGUGACACAUGCGAGACCGCCGUCUUUUUAUCCCAAAAAGACUCACUUUUCGUAUGAUUCAGUUUGUGUCGAAAAUGUUUGCGGAAUCGUUACAGUAUUGUGUGUGACAAACUUGUCUUUUUUGUCCUGUGCUGUAUCGCUCCGCAAAAUCGAGGUCCCAAACAAAGCGCACACGAGGCCUUGCUGACUCACCGUCCGUGCAUUUUCUUAUGAAGUGUGACUGCUAAAUAACCCGCCACGGGGCCAAAGAAAGUUGGCAGCAAUUUGAUGAAGAAGGUGAGAAACGGGAAGGCGGCAUCAACAAUAAGUUCCAUCCAUUCCUCGUAAUAAUACUGCAAUAUAGUACAAAAAUAAUGUAAUACAAAAAUACUUGAUGUAGUAGAAAUACAUAAAUAUUAUGUAGUAGAAAAAUGAAAAUACUAUGUUGCAUAGUUCAAUACAAAAAU